AUGCUGCCCAAGCGCUACCCCAUUGAUGGCACCGAGGGCUACCCUCGCACCACGCCGAUGAAGCUCAUCGUCUGUGGCUUUCCACGAACUGGCACCAUGAGCACACACGCCGCGCUACAGAUGCUCGGCUUCAACCGCACGCAUCACAUGAUCCACGUCGUGACAGAACCCGAGGGCGCCGAGAUGCCCGAGUGGACGCGCGCGCUGCGGGCCAAGUACCGGGGCGAGGGCACCUUCACCAAGCUCGACUGGGACCGGCUGCUGGGCGACUGCCAGGGCUGCAUCGACUACCCGUCGGCACUCUUCGCGGCAGACCUAGUGCGGCUGUACCCCGAGGCCAAGGUGGUGAUGCUGAACCGGGACCCGGACGCGUGGUACGAGAGCGUGUCGGCGACGGUGGCCGCGAUCCGCGACCCGCCCAGCCUCCUCCGGCGGGCGAAGCGGCUGUACUGCUGGCUGCUGUGCGCGCGCCUCCGCGGCCAGGCCGCGUUCUGGCAAGAGGUGCACUUCGCCGAGGGCGGCUACGACCACUUCACGGAGAAGGACAAGGCCAUCGGAUUCAUGCGGGCAAGCUACGACGAGUGCCGGGCGGCGGUGGCGGCGGACCGCCGGAUCGAGUGGAAGGUGCAGGACGGCUGGGAGCCGCUGUGCAAGCACCUCGGCGUCGAGGUGCCCAAGGUGCGCGAUGCGAAGACGGGGGAGCUGGUAACGGCGCCGUUCCCGCGCAUCAACGACCGCGCGGCGUUCCAGCAGAACGUGGAGAUUGGCGUGGCGCGCAUGAUGGCCGAGGCCAACGAGGUCCUGUUUGGCCUGCUCGGGAGGGGGUUGGCGAUGGCUGGCCUGGGAUACGGCGCGUAUAUGGCUUGGAAGUUUGUCGCGGCGAGGCCAUAG